AACACUCCAAUUUCCGCCUCUGACUGUGUCCGUAUCUCCAAGCAAGGUUCAGGCUAUGUACUCGUGGUAUACUGGUCGCGGUAGAAGACAAACCUUGGUAGGAGCGUAUGCCUUGUCACUUCGUUCUUUAAUUUUGCCAAACCGUAAACUCGCUGGAAUACCUAAUGAGAGAUGCAAGUUAGUCGGUGACCCAGUUGUACGUGGGAAUAUUGGGCAGUGAUAAGAUAAGGUUGGCAGCCCUGCAGAGCCGAGGCGGGGUCAGCUGACCGCCACGAUGGCCGGCCCCGCGUACCGCGACGAUGGCCGCGUCACUUUUUGUGGCCACAUCAGUACAGUUGUGGUGCAGUGGUAUAAUUUGAAAGGGAGAGGAAAUUGGAGAUUUUCCACAACAUUGUGGACGGCACUUUGCAACUCUCGCCAGCUAUCUGGAGAUGAGCGGGAGCGGGAGUGGGAGCGGCGAGGCGGCAGCGCGGGAGGAGGACAGGGCAGCGGCGGACACAAUCGAUCAGCUGAACCACGGCCACCAUCGCCACAGCCACAGCCCGGGAAGUGUGAGCGUGUCUAGCGCAUGCGCAGAGGACAGCCAACCGCCAGCCGUGUACGGUUCCAGCAGACCGGGCAGCGCACACUCGGCGUCCACACUACUGCCGGGUAACUAUACAAUCGUACCGCGGGAUGUGUGCGACCUUCGCGUGACUGACGGGGAAGAGGGCAUGCAGAGACAGUACCUGGAGGAACGUAGAGACGAAGAAACCAUGAUUCUCCCCAACCAGAACUACCAGAGACGUGAAGGAUACCAGUUCAAGCCCAUGUACCAGGGAGUGUUCUCGCACGGGGGAGCCGAGGAGCAGCAGUACCACCAGGGGCUGCAGCAGUUCGCGUUGCCCGACUACCACGACAAGGAGGACGAGGGCAUGAUGAAGAGGGACGUGGAAGAUCACGAGGGACGCUACGAGGAUAUCCUGGAGUUGGGAGACAAGGUGCGGCGGAACCUGGACGUGUGCAGCAACACUUCUGGACGUUCGUCCGAGGGCAUGGAACACGGGACUCCGCCAGGUCUGGAGUACACGGACAACAAGGAGGGGUUGCUGGACCUGCACCUACCGCACCGAGAGAUACAGAGCAACAACUUCGUGCAUCUGGCGGCGGCACUACACUCGCCCUCGUCCACCCCUGGGGGUGGCGACACCGAGGAGGCGGCGGAGAUGUACGGAGCGGGAGGCGGCGAAGCGCUACACCGCCUUCAACCUGCCUACCACCCGCAGGAAGUCAUACAACAUUCCAACAACUACCAGUCCGGUAUUUAUGGGCAGCGAAGUGGUACAUAUACCAACCCUUCUAUACAACCGUACUUUCAGCCCACCAGUCCUUCCAGCCCGCAGAGCAUGUGGAACAACCAGGCAGCCGGAACAGAGGAGUACUCUCCUCCAACCAAAUACUCGACCUCCAGCUCUACCGCCCCGUCCAGCCUGCCCGCCUUCACCCAACGAUUCAACCCCUACAACGUGCCAGCGCGGCCCGCCACCACGUACCCGAGCGGUGCCAGCUACGGAGCCGCGGAGUCCUGGACCUCUCAGUACAGCCAGGACGGACAGUACAGCAGCGGGGGUCGCGCUCGCCCUAGCAUGGCUACUCACGGGUUCGGCAGUGCCGCCUCUCAACUCAGUGCCAUAGAGGAAGCGGAGUUCUACACCGAGGGGAGAGAGUGUGUCAACUGCGGCGCCAUAUCCACCCCUCUAUGGCGUCGCGACGGCACUGGCCACUACCUGUGCAAUGCGUGCGGCCUCUACCACAAGAUGAACGGCAUGAACCGGCCUCUGGUCCGACAACCCCGCCGGCUGUCUGCGUCCCGCCGCAUGGGGUUGACCUGCAGCAACUGCAGCACCAGUACUACAUCACUGUGGCGACGUAACACUAUGGGUGAGCCCGUCUGUAACGCCUGUGGUCUGUACUUUAAGCUACACGGUGUUAACCGACCUCUCACCAUGAAGAAAGACAGUAUACAGACAAGGAAAAGAAAACCAAAGGGCGGCUCUAAGAGCGAUAUGCCUAGUAAGCCCAUCAAAAUGGAGCACUCUGAUAAUUAUGGGGAGUGUCGGACCGGGACCAGUGUCGGAAGCCACGGACUAGGCUACUCUGCGCUGUAUGGGGCGGCGGGACACACCACGGCAGCGGGGCUGAACCAGUUCUACGACAUGGCGGUGGUGACCGGGACCAAGGUAGAGCCCCACGACGGAGACCAGAGUCCUCACAUCGUGAGUCUGGCGGGAGCUAAAGCUGAGCGGCCCAGUGUUGUCUCAAUCUCCUAGACACCCCAAGGACAGUGACAGUGACAGAUCAACUGUAGAAGAUUGUUUUAGUUUCAACUUUUCCUCAAAGGUUAUAAGUCCGGUCAAUAAUUCAGAUAGGAUCUUAUUGUAGAAAAUUUAUUUUAAAAAAUAUUCGAUUUAUAAAAUUAGUUGUGUUUGGAACAUAUUUACACUGUUCCAAAUUCCAAUACCUUGUAUACUGUAGUGCCAGUAAACGUUUAUACCAUUACAAUUUUUGGAACAGUGCAGAUAUGUUAAUAGUUACAAAAUGUUUUAUAAAAUAAGUUUUCUAUAAAAUACUUCAGUUUUCCGUUAUCAUGUAUCUAGAAAAAUAGAUAUAGUUAUUAUACCUAAAAAGUAAUACAUUUAAUCUAAUAAUAAUAAUUUAUUUGAAAAUGUGAUGUUCAUAAAUUAGUUUAAAUGUACGUAUUCUUUCCUAAAGAUAUAUUUUAUCAUAGAAGAAAUUUAAUUUAUUUAUUAUUUAAAGUAAAGUACUCAACUGUCUUUACAUCAAUAUAUUGUUGUGUAAUGUAAUACAGAAUAGUGAUUGUAAUGAAAGAAAUUGAGAACAACUACAAAUUUAAAUAUAAAGUUGAAACUACAGUGUAGUGGUGAAAAACACGUUAUUUAUUCAUUUGAUGAUGAUUGAUGGCUGACGGAUAGAACUUUUAGGCAUACUGUGGUGCAAUACAGUAGCAAAAAGCAAUGGUUCAGUUUAAUUUAGUUAUUUCUAAUAUAUGUUCUUUAAUAAUUUAAUGUAAAGUGUUAUUCCUGUAAAUAAAUAAUACAUAUGAAAUCAAUUUUGUAGACUGAAUUUUUAAUAUAAGUUUUGUAAUAUAAUGUGAACAAGUUAGUUGUAAAUAUGUAAAAAAGAGGUUUUGAAAAUUAUAUAAAAUCAUAAGUUGUGUUACCAAAAUGUGACCAAAGUUAAUUUUGAGUCCAGUUUAUUUGGUUAUAGUGCUUAAAAGACAUUUUUAUAAGUUUUCAUAUUAUUUUUCUGUUGUAGUUUUAGUUUGUUUACCACGUUUUGUGUAAUUUCACUUAGUUGUAAUAUGUAAUGAAUAUAUAUAAAUGAACAUUUUAUGACUACUAUAAAACGUAGUGUUACCCUGCAAGGCAGUCAUACAGUCAUGUCAUGUAGCUUUUUGGUGCUGAGGAAACCCUUUGAAUGAUCUCAUUCGUUUAUAGACAUUUGUUGAAAUUGGUUGCCUUCUUGCAUUCUAAAAAACUAUACCGGUACUAAAUAUUUAAUGAACUAUUAAAAAUUUGUUUAUUUACUGUAACUCUUAAGGUGCCUGAGAGCUCAAGGGUCCCAGAAAAUUCAAAUUGUUCUAAAUUGAAAGAAACAUGGACACUAAUAAUGUUUAGCUGCAAUACAGUUUCAGGUUUUUGUUGAAAUGGUAAUUUUUAAUAUCUACAGAACACUUUUUCAAUUGUCAUCUUUUAAGUACCGGUAGCAUCUUUCCAAAAAUGGGUUAUGUGUAUCUCUAAAUAUAUGACUGACCUAGCAGAUCACCUAUUGUAAGACUUACCAUCUCUUGCCACUGGAAACAUUCCAUUACUCCAUUGUACAGUGACUGUGGUACAUUUACAUUCCAAGUUCACUCACCAGUCACCAGUGACCACUUCCAUUAGUCAAUGACUGUUACAAAUUUAUUGUUAGAUGUAGUAUGAUGCUUCGGUGCAGUAUGUUGGCAGUGGCAUAAUCAGAACAAGGAAUCUCAUCAGCCAUAUUUCUUGCAAAAAAAUGGAAUUGUCAAUUAAUCAAUUAGUACGAUGAUUUAUUGUGUUCUGAUUCAGUUGUAGCCAAAAAAAACUUUGCUGGCUAUUUUUUCUUUAUUUGAAUACUUUAGCUGAAGUAAUUUAUAUGGAGUCUUGUUCUUUCCUAUAAUAAAUUUAAGUUAGGUUCAUAAAUGGCAGUAUAUAUUUUUAAAUAAUUAUGCUUGUUUCAUUUGUAAAAUAUGAAAUUCUAAUAUAUUUUAUCUUCAUAAAUCCUUUAUGGGCUUUUGCACUCUUAUAUUAGGAAGUUAUUUUUUAUUAAAAUAUUUAAAAAAUGUAACAUAUUAUUGUAUUGAGUAUGAUGGACACAUUAUGGCUGUGAGUGUGUCUUUUCAUGACAAAUGAAACAAUAACAAUAUGAAAAUUUUUGUUUAGUUUUGUAUUAGAUUUAAUUUUCAAUUCACACUUUCAUUAUUAUAUUUGAUGUUACUCUAUAGCUAAUUUUGUUUUAUUUUAGUUAUAAAGGUACUAAAAAAUUCGUAAAUUAAAUUCUCAUUGUUCUUAAAGUUUAAAAAAAUGUUGUAUACCUUUCAUUGUUAGUGCCUUUUUGUCCAUCUUAAUAUUUUAAAGCAUUAACAGUGAUUAAAGUAAUUACCUUAUUCAUUAUGCAAACUGUAGUUAAAAGACAGUGAUUAGUUUGGCCAAAUAAAUGUUUUACCAAAUUAAUUGUAGUUUGAAUUGGGUAUCAGCUUUUGCUUGUUCACAGUGUCAAUUUUAAAAAGCCCUUAAUUGAUUUUUAAGAUAAAAAUAAUUUAAAAUUGUAAUUAAUCUAUACGCAAUCUAGAAAUUCAAUAUUAUUUUCUGGGGAAAUAUAGGAUUAAAAAUAUAAACUACGACGCAAUGUAAUACAAUAACAUUGCGUAGUAUAUUACUGUGUUGAUUAAUUAAUAUAAAAAAUUAGAGUUGCUCCAAAGAGAAUCAAAAUAUUAAUAUAUUUCAAAAAAUUGCAGCAGACAGAUUCUUUGUGGCCAGCCAGUGUGUGCUACAGUUGUCUCAUUAUUGUUGUACAUAGCUCUAGCCUAGUGUGUAGGGUAGGAGAUGUUUGUAACAUCUGACAUGUACGAGUGCUCUAGUUCAGCUGUCCAUCCCCUCAACGUGGGGGAGAACUGUACAUUCUAUACACUGUAUAUUGUAAAUUCGUUCAAUUUAUCUCAUUUACUUUUAAGCAAAACAAUGUUUUGUUACAUAUUUGUCAAAUUAUAAAAAAUGGAGAAAUAUACAAUAUAAUUUUCAAAAUAUUGCA